AUGGCCUCUCAGCGGCGGAGGGUGCUCAUCUCUGGCUGUUCUUCAGGGAUCGGCCUGGAACUCGCUCUUCAGCUGGCUCAUGACCCCAGACAACGUUACCAUGUGGUGGCCACCAUGAGGGACCUGGGGAAGAAGGAGCCUUUGGAGGCAGCUGCUGGAGAAGCUCUUGGAAAGACCCUCAGCGUGGUCCAGCUGGACGUGUGCAGUGCUGAGUCAGUGACUGACUGUCUCAGCCACAUCGAGGGAGGACAAGUGGAUGUGCUUGUGAACAACGCAGGAGUGGGCCUUGUGGGGCCCCUAGAGGGACUCAGCCUAGACACCAUGCAGAGCGUGUUCAACACCAACUUUUUUGGGGCUGUCCGUCUGGUCAAAGCCGUGCUUCCGGGCAUGAAGAGGAGACGUCAGGGCCACAUCGUGGUGGUCAGCAGCGUUAUGGGGCUCCAGGGUGUCAUGUUCAAUGACGUCUACGCAGCCUCCAAGUUUGCCCUAGAAGGGUUCUUUGAGAGUCUCGCUAUCCAGCUUCGACAAUUCAAUAUCUUCAUCUCAAUGGUGGAGCCAGGCCCAGUCACCACUGACUUUGAAGGGAAACUCCUGGCUCAGGUUUCCAAGGCGGAGUUCCCAGACACAGACCCUGACACCCUGGGCUACUUCCGGGACUUGUACCUCCCAGCCUCCAGGGAGCUCUUCCGCUCUGUGGGACAGAGCCCACGGGAUGUGGCCCAGGUCAUUGCCAAGGUCAUCGGUUCCACCAGACCCCCACUCCGCAGACAGACCAACGCUCGCUACCUCCCACUGACGGCGCUUAAGGCCAUGGACCCCUCUGGAAGCCUGUAUGUGAGAACUGCCCACAGGCUCCUUUUUCGCUGGCCUCACCUUCUCAACCUUGGUCUCCGAUGCCUGGCCUGUGGCUGCCUCCCAACGCGCGUGUGGCCUAGAGGAACAGAGCAGAACUGA